AUGAAGUUCCUACAUCUUACCGGAAUUAUUGUGCUGCUAAGUCAAGCAGCAUCAAUUUCUGCUGCCACACUGGUCCCAAGGAUGGAAAGUGAUUCAGAGCCAUUUGAUAGCCUAUAUCCCGAAAUCAUAGCCGCUAUCGAUAAAACACUAAGGGAAAAAACUUCUCCACUGAAAUCGCCAAAUGAUUAUGUAAAAAGACUUGCUCGAAAGUUCAGAGUCCCAUUCCUAAUUCCCGUUCAAGUUAGUGCUGAAUGGCAUAACGAAAAAUAUGAAAGUUACAUCGCCAAUGAUAGAAUGGAUAAACUUAACCUCUGGGUAGUUGUUGAAAAUGGGGAGUGCAUCAUUACAAAAUUGGUUGAUAGGUAUGUAGCCCAACCUGGGGCUUAA